GCUUCCAGCCCCUCCGGCUCCUGCUUCUCCGUCGGCGCCAGCAGCCCCGGCGCGCUCGUGCUGCUUUACUCGAAGGAGCUCAAAAAGUGGGACGAGUUCGAAGAUAUUUUGGAGGAGAGGCGGCAUGUCAGCGACCUGAAAUUUGCGAUGAAAUGCUACACGCCUCUCGUCUACAAGGGAAUCCCUCCGUGCAAGCCAAGCGACAUUAAGUGCAGCGUUCUCGACUCUGAAGAGGUUCGCUAUGUCAUUAAGCAGCUUUCCAAGGAAACCCUCCAACCCGUGGACGUCCUCCAAGGGGAGGCGUGUGAGAUCUUGGACGAGAUGAGCCACAAGCUGCAUCUGGGAGCCAUCCGGUUUUUCGCCUUCACCCUGAGCAAAAUAUUUAAACAGAUUUUCUCGAAAGUGUGUGUAAAUGAAGAAGGGAUUCAGAAACUGCAGCGAGCCGUCCAGCAGCACCCGGUGGUCCUGCUGCCCAGCCACCGGAGCUACAUCGACUUCCUGAUGCUGUCCUUCCUCCUGUACAGCUGCGACCUGCCCGUCCCGGUCAUCGCGGCGGGGAUGGACUUCCUGGGCAUGAAGGUGGUCGGGCAGCUGCUGCGGAUGUCGGGCGCCUUCUUCAUGCGGCGGACCUUCGGGGGCGACAGACUCUACUGGGCCGUCUUCUCGGCAUACGUGAAAACCAUGCUGCGGAAUGGUUAUGCUCCUUUUGGUCUGCUGAACAUCGUGAUGGAACCAUUUUUCAAAAGAGAAGUUUUUGAUACUUACCUCGUUCCCAUUAGCAUCAGUUACGAUAAGAUAUUGGAAGAAACUCUCUACGCGUAUGAGCUUCUAGGGGUCCCUAAGCCGAGGGAAUCUACAACAGGGCUGCUGAAGGCCAGGCGCAUCCUCUCGGAGAACUUUGGCAACAUCUACGUGUACUUCGGAGAGCCCGUGUCGCUCCGAUCUCUGGCGGCGGGGAGGAUGAGCCGGAGCCCCUACAACUUGGUUCCCAGAUACAUCCCUCAGAAGCAGUCGGAGGACAUGCACGCCUUCGUCACCGAAGUCGCCUACCGGAUGCAGCUCCUGCAGAUUCAGAACCUGGUGCUGAGCCCGUGGACCCUGGUCGUCACCGUCCUGCUCCAGAACCAGCCGUCCCUGCACUUGGACGCUCUGGUGGAGAAGACCGUGUGGCUGCGAGGCUUGGCCCAGGCCUUCGGGGGAUUCCUCGCGUGGCCAGAGAACGAGCCGGCGGAGGACGUGAUCCAGGCCAGCAUCCUUCUGCACUCCAACAUCGCCAGCCUGGCCAACGACCGCGUGGUCCUGAGGGUGGCCUCCGCAGACUCGGACGUGGUGGACGGCCUGCUCCUGCAGCACGUCACUCUGCUCAUGUGCUCGGCGUACCGGAACCAGCUGCUCAACGUGUUCGUCCGCCCCUCGCUCGUCGCUUUGGCUCUGCAGAUGACACCCGGGGCCAGGAAAGAGGAAAUCUACAGCUGCUUUCGCUUCCUCCGCGACAUGUUUUCAGAUGAGUUCAUCUUCUUUCCAGGAAACACAGUAAAGGACUUUGAAGAAGGCUGUUACCUGCUUUGUAAAACUGAAACCAUUUACGUGGCGGCGGGGAACAUCCUCGUCACCGAGAAAGGAGACACCGUGUUAGAAUUUUUAAGAGGCCUCUUUGAACCCUUCGUGGAGUGUUACCAGAUAAUCUGCCAAUACCUCUUGAAGGAACGGGAAGACUACUUCACUGAGAAGCAGUACCUGGCCAGAGUUAGAACAUUCACAAGCCAGCUUCUUGAUCAAGGCACCUCGCAGUGUUAUGACGUGUUGUCUUCCGACGUGCAGAAGAACGCCCUCGCGGCCAUGGUGCGGCUCGGUAUGGUGGAGAAGAGGAAGGUAGAUAACGAGUUUCUGUUCAAUGUGAACGAACCGGCCACGAGUAAACUGGAAGAAACGCUCGGUGGUAAAACAGCAGUCAGGAGAGCAGCCCCUGCCAAACUUUAACGACUGCGGACAGUUGUGGGGACUGUGGCCACGGGACCGCGGUCGGCCAAGGACACCGUUUCAGCAGACGGGGACGCGGAGGAACAGACCCAUCUUUCUGCCCAAGCUCCCCAAGACUUUGUGGCAGCAGGCUCAGGAGAGAGGACGAGACGGCCAGUUGAAGCAGUCAGUGUGACUGUCCCCGCCACAGUGACUAAGAAGGCGUUUGUAGCCAACUCUGUGAGUGUUUAAAUAAAACAGUCUUUUGGAAACGUGUUUGGAAGAA